UGUGGGUGUGUGACAGUGUGGGUCUUUAACUUGAGAUGUCCCCAGAUUCCCCUGUUCAGAUAAAGAAGGAGGAACAGUGGAGAUGGUACGAAAUGAAAGGGGUGGAAAUGGCGAAGGAGAGCAACGACCACCAACAGAGCUGCUUUAAAAGGGACCAAGAAGAGGGUGAAGCAGCAGAAGAGGCAGCACAGGGGGAGAAGAGGAGCAAAGAGGGCAUGGAAAUGGUGGAGCCCAAGUCAGGCUCCGGCGCCGCCGAGGCAAGCUCGGCGCCGGCAGCCGAUGCAAAGAAGUCGCCGACGCCUCCGACUUUGGCGUUCUGCAAGUUGUUCAGGUACGCCGAUAGGCUGGACUGGCUGCUGAUGGCCAUCGGCACUGCGGGAGCCAUAGUCCACGGCUGCUCCCUCCCCAUCUUCCUGCGCUUCUUCGCCGAUCUCGUCAACUCUUUCGGGUCCAACGCGGACGAUCCCGAAAGGAUGAUGCAGCAAGUCGUGAAAUAUGCUUUUUACUUUCUCGUUGUUGGAGCUGCAAUCUGGGCUUCUUCGUGGGCAGAAAUUUCUGCUUGGAUGUGGACGGGAGAGAGACAAUCCACGAGGCUGAGGAUCAAAUACUUGGAAGCAGCCCUGAAUCAAGACAUUCAGUAUUUCGACACCGAUAUAAGAACAUCUGACAUCGUUUACGCCAUUAAUUGCGAAACCGUUGUCGUCCAGGAUGCCAUCAGCGAGAAGCUGGGCAAUUUCAUUCACUACAUGGGGACCUUCGUCUCAGGCUUCGUCGUGGGAUUUACUGCAGUGUGGCAACUAGCAUUUGUGACUCUUGCAGUUGUCCCCUUGAUCGCCAUCAUCGGCGCAAUUCACACAAUGACGCUUGCGAAGCUCUCCUCCAGGAGCCAAGGUGCUCUCUCAGACGCAGGAAAUAUUGCUGAGCAGGCAUUUGCUCAAAUCCGCACAGUUCUAUCUUUUGUUGGAGAAUCAAAAACUUUGCAGUCCUACUCUUCUGCACUGAGAAUAGCUCAAAAGCUUGGGUACAAGAGUGGCUUUGCUAGAGGGCUGGGAUUAGGAGCAACAUACUUCACUGUCUUCUGCUGCUAUGCUCUUCUUCUCUGGUAUGGUGGAUGGCUUGUUAGGCACCACUACACUAAUGGCGGCCUAGCAAUUGCGACCAUGUUCUCGGUGAUGAUUGGGGGACUAGCACUUGGCCAAUCAGCUCCCAGCAUGACUGCAUUUGCCAAGGCAAAGGUUGCUGCUGCAAAAAUUUUCGAGACCAUAGAUCACAAACCUUCCAUGGACAAGGACGCUGCUUCCGGCGUCGAAUUGGAAUCGGUAACAGGCCAUGUUGAGCUUAAGAAUGUAGAUUUCGCCUACCCAUCGAGGCCAGACAAUCAGAUCCUCUGCAAUUUCUCACUCAGCAUUCCUGCUGGGAAAACCAUAGCCAUAGUGGGGAGCAGUGGCUCAGGGAAAAGCACCAUCGUUGCCCUCAUAGAACGGUUUUAUGAUCCAACCUCAGGGCAAGUUCUGCUUGAUGGGCAUGACAUAAGGACCCUGAAACUGAGAUGGCUGAGGCAACAAAUCGGUCUGGUGAGCCAGGAACCAGCACUCUUUGCUACAAGUAUCAAAGAAAAUUUGCUACUUGGAAGGGCUGAUGCAACGGAGGUUGAAAUGGAGGAAGCAGCCAGAGUUGCUAAUGCACAUUCCUUCAUAGAAAAGCUUCCUGAUGGAUAUGACACCCAGGUGGGGGAGAGAGGGCUGCAGCUGUCUGGUGGGCAGAAGCAAAGGAUUGCCAUUGCAAGGGCGAUGCUGAAGAACCCGGCAAUCUUGCUGCUGGACGAGGCGACGAGUGCGCUGGACUCGGAGUCGGAGAAGCUGGUGCAGGAGGCUCUGGACAGGUUCAUGAUCGGCCGGACGACGCUGGUGAUCGCUCACCGGAUGUCGACGAUCCGGAAGGCGGACAUGGUGGCGGUGCUGCAGCAGGGAAGCGUGCUGGAGCUGGGCACCCACGAUGAGCUCAUCUCCAAGGGCGAGAAUGGCAUGUACGCCAAGCUCAUCCGCAUGCAAGAGCUCGCCCACGAGACUGCCCUCAUGAAUGCACGCAAGAGCAGCGCCAGGCCGUCCAGCGCAAGGAACUCGGUGAGUUCUCCGAUCAUCGGCCGGAACUCUUCGUACGGCCGGUCGCCGUACUCGAGGAGGCUGUCGGACUUCUCCAACUCCGACUUCAGUCUGUCGAUCGACGCGUACUCGAGCUACAAUUACAACAGGACGGAGAGGAUCGCGUUCAAGGACCAGGCGAGCUCCUUCUGGAGGCUGGUCAAGAUGAACGCGCCCGAGUGGCGGUUCGCGCUGCUGGGCUCGGUGGGCUCCAUCGUCUGCGGCUGCCUGAGCGCCCUCUUCGCCUACGUGCUGAGCGCCGUGAUGAGCGUCUACUACAGCCGAGACGGCUCCUACAUGAAGCGGGAGAUCGGCAAGUACUGCUUCCUGCUCAUCGGCCUCUCCUCCUCCGCUCUGCUCUUCAACACCAUCCAGCACAUGUUCUGGGACAUCGUCGGCGAGAACCUCACCAAGCGGGUCAGGGAGAAGAUGCUGGAGGCCGUCCUCCGCAACGAGGUCGCCUGGUUCGACGAGGAGGAGAACAGCAGCGCCCGCGUCGCCGCCCGCCUGACCAUGGACGCCAACAACGUCCGCUCCGCCAUCGGCGACCGCAUAUCCGUCAUCAUGCAGAACUCCGCCCUGAUGAUCUUCGCCUGCACCGCCGGCUUCAUCCUCGAGUGGAGGCUGGCAUUGGUCCUUGUCGCCGUCUUCCCUAUCGUCGUUGCUGCCACUGUGCUUCAGAAAAUGUUCAUGAAUGGCUUCUCGGGAGAUUUGGAGGCUGCCCACGCGGCGUCGACCCAGAUAGCCGGAGAGGCGGUGACCAACGUGAGGACCGUGGCGGCGUUCAACUCGGAGUCGAAGAUCGUUAGCCUCUUCGGCUCGAACCUGAAGGUCCCCCUGCGCAGGUGCUUCUGGAAGGGUCAGAUUGCUGGCAGCGGCUUCGGCGUCGCCCAGUUCCUGCUCUAUGGCUCCUACUCGCUGGGCCUGUGGUACGCCUCGUGGCUCGUAAAGCACCACAUCUCCGACUUCUCCAAGACCAUCCGCGUCUUCAUGGUGCUGAUGGUCUCCGCCAACGGCGCCGCCGAGACUCUCACCCUCGCGCCGGACUUCAUCAAGGGCGGCAGAGCGAUGCGCUCCGUUUUCUCCCUCAUCGACCGCAAGACCGAGAUUGAACCCGACGAGGCCGACGGUCUGAAGCCCGACCGCCUUCGCGGCGAGGUCGAGCUCAAGCACGUGGACUUCUCCUACCCGACCCGCCCUGACAUCCCCGUCUUCAGGGACCUCACCCUCCGCGCCCGCGCCGGCAAGUGCCUCGCUCUCGUCGGGCCCAGCGGCUGCGGCAAGAGCUCCGUCCUCGCCCUCGUGGUGCGCUUCUACGACCCUAGCUCCGGUCGCGUUCUCAUCGACGGCAAGGACCUGCGCAAGUACAACCUCAAUGCCCUCCGCCAGCACAUAGCGGUGGUGCAGCAGGAGCCCAGCCUCUUCGCCACCACCAUCUACGACAACAUCGCCUACGGCCGCGACGGCGCCACGGAGGCGGAGAUUGUGGCGGCCGCCGCGGCGGCCAACGCCGACAAGUUCAUCUCCGGGCUGCCGGACGGCUACAAGACGCAGGUUGGGGAGCGAGGGGUGCAGCUGUCGGGCGGGCAGAGGCAGCGGAUCGCGAUCGCGAGGGCGUUAGUGAGGAACCCGGCGCUGCUGCUGCUGGACGAGGCGACCAGCGCGCUGGACGCCGAAUCCGAGAGGUGCGUGCAGGAGGCCAUUGAGCGGACGUCAGCGGCGCGGACCACCAUCGUGGUGGCCCACCGGCUGUCGACGGUGCGGAACGCCCAGACCAUCGCGGUGAUCGAGGAAGGAAAAGUAACGGAGCAGGGGUCCCACUCCCACCUGCUGCACCACCACCCGGACGGCUGCUACGCGAGGAUGAUACAGCUGCAGCGAUUCAACCACCAGGGUCAGCUGCACCUCCCUGCCUCCACCGCGGGCGCCGCCUCCUCCGCCUCCGGUCCCUCCGCAUAAUGCAGCGGCAAAUGGGCGUGGUCCAACGAUUCGUCCGAGACAAGGGGGAGAGUGGAAAAGAGGUUUACUUUCUUGGUGUUGGUGGAGAGAUCGAGCUCACACGUGAAACGAAAGUAGACGCAGGGCUCUGGGAUUCAUCAACAUGAUGUCAACCCAUGUGAAGAGAAAGGGCCGGCAAGAAAGGGUUUUAGUUCAACAUGAACAGGUCGACUGCUACUGAUACUCUGCCUACUACUGCUAGUCUGCUACUGCCGCCAUGAUUCCUCAAGCCUGAAACCUGGUUCCUUCUUUUUUUCUUUUUUGGGUUUUGUCCCCAUUUGCCUUCUUGUUCAGGAAUUUGUGUCUAUAGAGAUUUGUGUUGUUCCAGUUAUCUGUACAAGUGGUAAACAGGCAAGGCUGUAAGUAUGUAGUGUUUCACUGUUUGAGGUUCAUAUCCUAUAAAUGAGAAGAAUUCCUUGAUUUGGGGCUUCAAA